AUGUCCGACCCACACGGCGCUGAAACAGCCAAUAGCCUCGACGUGCCCCCCACUCAGUUCGGCACUUCAUCGCAGAUCCAAACGGUACCAGAAAACGUAUCAAUGGUGCACUUGGCACAAGGGAAAGGAUCUAGUACGGAUUCGAUGUAUGUGGAGAAGAUUAGGGGCCGGCAUAUUUUUCUUAGCCAGGAGCAGCUGUUCAGUGGACUACUGGUCGUGUGCAUAGAGCAUCACAAGUACGACGAAGCGUUAGCCCUGUUAAGAGAAGAUCCCGAAGCCCACAUGUGCACCGAAGAAUUGGCUGGUUUGUCGCUAUGGCGACCAGCGUCUCGACCAAUCAUAAACCAACUUUGCGAGUACGUAUCUAAAAACGAACUGGCCGUGCAGAAUGCAGCCAUGCGACUGUAUGUGGGCAGAAUGAAUGAGCAUUGGAGCGAUGCUGUACAUGAGGUCAACAUGUUGGUGCUGCUGUUGGAAAAG